AACAUUUUUCAUCCUUGUUUCUUUGGUGUACUACAAGGAGGAAGCUUUUCCCCUAUUUUGAUUACACUUGCAGCGCUUCGUGGAAAUCACUGGGAACUUGCUCAGAAUGGAGGAUAAUUCUGUCGUUCAGUUAAAAGGGUUGAUUGCUAAGAAAGAAAAAAUUGAAGAAGACCUAAAGGAUUUCCAAGAGGUUCUCGAGUCUAACAAUGUUGGCAUGAAAGAAGAUCUGGUUGAUAAAGAUGGUUAUCCGAGAGCCGAUAUUGAUGUCUACAGUGUAAGAACAGCCAGAAAUAAAAUUAUUUGUUUGAGAAAUGACCUGAGUUCCAUCAUGAAGGAAAUUGAAGAGGGAUUACAUAAAGUUCAUGCCAUGGCAAGAGAGAAUCCAAAGGAGUCAAAUGUAGAAGAUAUGGAUACUUCUCCAGAUUUGGAAAUGCAUCCAUUUCUUUCAGUUGACUUGAUAAGCAGAGAGUCUCCAGCUGAGAAGGCAGGGUUGACACUUGGUGAUCAGAUUUUAAAAUUUGGCACUAUAACAUCAAAGAAUUUCAAUGGGCUAGCAUCAAUUGGCAGUCUAGUACAACACAGCAAAGGGAAACCUGUGCCAAUAGUUAUUAAUCGUGAAGGAUCCAUAAAAAAUAUCACACUAACUCCAAACACUUGGGAAGGUCGAGGUCUUUUAGGAUGCAAUGUUGUACAUAUCAAGUAGUUUCAUUAUGAGGUGAAGUUCAAAUCUUCUUGGAAAUUACAGCCAAUGCAUCAAAAACAGAAGGCUUAUUUGUUUCUCUUUAUUGAUUGGCAAAACCGUAUAGAAUGCAUAACUUUGCCCACACCUUUAAGAUGGCAAAACAUGCACCAUAAAGUUGGUUUUGCUAUGAGAAAGAGGUAUGGAAUUGUGGAGUAGACAGUGGCAAAAAGUGCAUCUUCAAUCUGCGGCUUAAGCUGUGAACAUUAAGUUUGUAUUUGUGAUUUGUUAAAGCAUGCAUUAAUUGGUAAAUAUUGAAAU